AUGACUCCUCCUCCUCCUCCUCCCCCUCACAAUCCGAAUCAACGUGUACCGUGGGUAACCGCUUCCGAUUGUUUCGAUGUUUGAAUCUAGCCGAGUUCAGAACGCACAUCCGCGUGAUAACGAGACAUUGGAUCGAGGGGAACUGGAGAUGCAACCGGGCCAACUACCCGCAUCACUUCACACUCGACUUGCUCCGCGAUCAUCUUUCCGAGCACAAUACGCACGGUGACGGACCGAAUCUGCUGUUGCUCUGCGCGACAGCGGACGGCGAGAAAGAGAGCACGCUUCUGGAAUUGGCGGUCGACGGGCAAGUCGAGGUCGAGCUGGUGUACCUUCCGAAAAUGAGAUACGAGGAGAAGGCGUGGAUCGCGACGAUCGAGCAACGAGAGACGAUUCUGGAGAUUAAGAGGAACGUGGCCGAGACGCAGAACAAGACGGAGGCGACGAGGGAGUCGUACGUGCCGUGCAGGAAAGACUUCUUGGAAAUUGCCUCCGUUAGUUCUCGACUAUUGUAGUUCUCCUAGUUCUCGAACUUUAACUACUUUCGGUUUUGGCCAAUCUUCCCGUUCAACAAAAAGUUGAGCCAGUGGGCGCAGAAACUCGACGUCGAUGAAAAAGAUUUGAAAGAGAUGAACCUCUUCCAAAUCGCUCAUCUUGUCAUCAGUACGGACAGGAAAAGCAAGCAGAAGACUCGAGUGAGUUCAUUUUUCGCCUUUUUUUGUACCGAGUAUCAAAGUUUGAAGUUUGCAGGCGGGAUCCCUGUGGAAAGAGCUUGUGGAGCUUGUGAAAGCAAAAGAUGCUGCACAAACGAAAGAGUUUAUCGCGAAGAACUGGCAGAUGAAGAUCGGAAACUAUACGAGCCAAUACGUGGUGAAUGCGCCGGAAGUUCGGGCGGAUCACAAACUUCUGUGGACCGGCCUGCCGCAGGGACCGAACAACAAAAUGAACAGUCUCGUUGCGAUUAACGCCGUCCACGAGUACCGAAUGCUCGCCGUCCUCCUCAAAACGCCUCCGCAAUGCUUCCUCGAACCGUACUACGAGGCGAAAACGUCUCCACCGCCGGGAACAAGGAUCUCCUACCGGCACUACUGUCUGCUCCAUUCGCGAUGGGCUUGCGACAGUCUCGGAGGCCGAAUCAAUGAAUUGAGUGCGGCGGAACAGCAAAAAGUUGUUCGACAUAAGCUUGACAAAUGGAUACCGAUGAGCCGGAAUCCUGGCACGAUAUGUUCGUGCUCCUUUUUUUCCUUGAAUGGCGUCGCUUCUCGCCAGAUGCUAAGUUCGAAGAAUGAUUCGGUUCUUUCACGUGAUAAACUGCCCUUUUGCCCCAUUGACAUAAUGUUCUCCAUCUCCACUUUCCCACCAUUUCUUUCUAAUUCGUCGUGUCGAAAAAUCCGAAAUGAAUCCGAUGAAUCACUGGAAUCCGGGUUGGCAAUUCGCAAUGAAUGCUCAGCAAAGAGCACACGCCGGAGGGAACCGAGCUCUUCAGCCGGCGGCUCCGGCUCCGGCUCCUCCUGCUCCGCUGGUCCCACAGUUGCCGGCUAGACAGCCAAUCGGACAAAGGAAGACGAGUGGCUGUGGCCCAGCAGCAACAGAAUGCGGUCCCGAAUCCGAAUCCGAAUCCGAACAGACGGAAUAACAGAAAUCAGAACAAUCCGGUUCGCAGAGAGCAUCAGCAAGUUCGUCAGGAACGUCAUCUGGUAGGACAGUCUGAAAAAUCAAUGAGCCUAUAUAAUAGGUUUCAGAGUAGAGAUGACGUGGAGAGACUUCAGACGAUUUCCAGAAAGAACCAGCAGACGCGCACCGCUUUAGAGUACGAUAGCCGAGAAGAUCAGUGCUGGACGGACCUGAUGAGUGAGUGCCCAUCCCAAGUGAGAAGGAUUAUGGUAGUUUGCAGACACCCUCAACACCCAAAGCCAUCAGUUCACUCCGAGCACUCCCAACGGCGGCCCUGACGCCUUGAUUCCGAACGAUCAGGAGAUUUGCUCCAGUUUAAGAACUGAGAACCAGUACGAGACGAUUCUGAAAACCCGCGAGCUGCUUGUGAACUUUGGAGCCACCGAGUACGACUUGUCGAGAGCUUUAAACAGUCUGGAGAUGCACAUGAGAACGAACGCGUGCGAGUUCAAUGAGAUUGAGGACGUCUCCAGUGAUCUGAUGCGGACCGCCGGCAAACUGAGCCACGAGAUCGAGGAGCUCGAGCAGAUUCUGCGUCGAAUUGACAAUAUCAAACUGCAAUGA